AUGGCUGGCCGCCGCCGCUGGCUGGUGGCGCUGCUCUGGCUGGCCCUGCAGUGGCGGCCCGUGCAGGAGGCCGACGCCGCGAUGGCGUUCCGGGACGGCAGUCUGGUGCUGCGCUGGUCCCACGGCGGACCGGGCCGCGUCCUGCUCGACACCAGGUCACUGUGGCCCGCCCGACCGGGACACGCCUGCCGACACGUCUCUACGUCUGGUCCGCGAACGUCCAGUGAGGGCGGGUCCCGCUGGGCGUCGCGGCUCGGCACGUACCUGCGCUCGCUGCGCUGGACGCCGAUCCCACUGGGCGUGGGGUUCGCGCUGAUCGCGUACCAGCAGUACCGGCACGUGCUGGUGCGCGAGCGCAAGCGCACCGCCGAGGGGGGCGUGCACGGGCCCGUGAUCGCUCGGCCUUGGGAGGUGAGCGCCUACCGACUGCUGCCGCUGCGGAGCCUUAGCCGCGCCUGGGGCUGGAUCAACAGCUGCUACCUGCCCGUCUGGGCAAGGAGGCCCGUGCUCGGCUGGUACGCGCGGACGUUCGGCUGCCAGCUGGAGGAAGCGGCCGAGCCGGACCUGCUGCAGUACGACAAUCUGGGCGCCUUCUUCCGGCGGGCGCUGCGGCCGGACGCCCGGCCCAUCGACCCGUACAGCUGCCUGGUCAGUCCCUGCGACGGCACGGUGCUGCACCUGGGUCCGGUGGACUCUGGCAAACUGGAGCAGGUCAAGGGCGUCACCUACACGCUCAAUAAGUUCUUGGGACCGGCCGACUGGGACACGGAAGCCCAGGCGGACGCCGAGUCGGAGGGGACGGACGCGUGCUACCACCAGCGGCUGGUGACGUCACCCGGCAACACGCUGUACCACUGCGUCAUCUACCUGGCGCCGGGCGACUACCACCGGUUCCACGCGCCGGCCGACUGGACGGUGCGGCACCGACGCCACUUCCCGGGCGACCUGCUCUCGGUCAGCCCGCUGGUGGCCAACUGGAUCGCCGGCGUGUUCUGCCUCAACGAGCGCGCCAUCUAUACGGGACGCUGGCAACAAGGCUUUUUCGCGUUCGCCGCUGUCGGCGCCACCAACGUCGGGUCGAUUCGAGUGUACUGCGAUGAGGCGCUGCGCACCAACAGCGGCCGUUGGAGGCCCGGCGAGCACUUCGACUGGCGUCCGACGCCGGCCGACGCCGACCGGCCGGCCGUCUGCAGCAAGGGCCAGCCGUUCGGCGAGUUCAACCUCGGCUCCACCAUCGUGCUCGUGUUCGAGGCGCCCAAGACGUUCGAGUUCUGCGUGCGGCCGGGCGAGGCGGUGCGCAUGGGGCGGCCGCUCUGUGAGCGGGUCAGCUAGCCUGCCGCGCCGCCCAGUCCGCGGGGUU